GGCUCCUCCAACUCCCAGGGCCGCGGCCAGAGCAGCUCUGAGCGCUCCGUUCGCCCCACGGUGCCCUUAAAAGGCGCCGGCGUGAACCAACGGGCCCCAGAGGAGAGUGCGGGGAUCGCGCCGGUUCGCAGAACCCCCCUGAGCCGCCAGCGGAGGCUCGAGCCCCGCGUCGUUUCUCUCUCAAGGUCUUUCUUGGACAGCGCUGUCGUGAACAAGCCCGGCUCUUCAAUUCAGAAAUGAAAGUGGUCUCCUCACUAUCGAGUCACCCCCUCCAAAAUAUUGCAGAAGGUGGACAGGCCCAGUUGGAGGCAUAUCUCGAAAUCCGCAGGGGAGGCCGUCUCGGACGAAGAAGUCGGAGACCAUGUCUGCAGAACUCUGUUCAUCCACAAGAAAGGAGGGAAAACCUGGCUCAGGACCCAGUUUUAGGUCUACUCAGAGGAAGAUAUUAAACCAGCUCCUGGAGAGAGAAACUUCCUUCACGAUGUGUCCCGAUCUCUCUAGAACUCUAGUGGACAAACUCUUUUGUGAUUCUGCAAACCUAAGCAUUUCGUCUGGAGGAACCCCCAAACGUUGCCUUGAUCUUUCGAAUCUUAGCAGUGGAGAGAUGUCUGCCACUCCGCUUACCACUUCUACAGACUUUGAUGAGACUGGUCACUUGGAUUCUUCAGGACCUCAGGAAAUACAGUUAGUUGGGAAGAAUCAUUACCAGCACCUUACAAAAUGCAGCCCAGCACAUCUGCUUUGUAGCACUCCAAAUGCUUUGGACCACGGCAACAGGAAAGAAGAUGCAAUAUGUAACUCAUCCGCAAAUAAAGAGAAUGAAAAUAACACUUUGAAGCCCUCGGAGUGGUGGGCAUCCAGGAACCUGAGGUUUGAAAAGAGACCAGGGAGGCCUUACAUGUCUCCUCUUUCUCUGCUGGACAAUGGAAACUUGGUGGAAAAUGAAAUGCAAUACUUGGGCAGCCCUGUAACUACAGUUCCAAAAUUGGAUAAAAACCUGGAAUUAGGAGAAGACCAGGCAGAGGAGAUUUCAGAUGAACUGAUGGAGUUUUCUCUGGAAGAUCAAAAAGAGACCAAGGCAUCUCUGAACAAAGGCAGCCUGUAUCGCUCCCCUUCGUUGCCGGAGAGUUUGAACAGGCCAAGACUGACGCAAGUGGUACAAUUCAAGCACAACCCAGUACCGGAUAAAGUGAAAAAGAAGUAUCGUUCUAGCCACAAAGAGCUCAGGAAAGGCUUUUAUCUAAGGAAAACCAUCUCUCUCAGUGAUAUUAAUAUCACCGAGAUGCUGGAGGAAGAUGCUAACCAGGGGCGUCUGAUUGGUGAUUUCUCCAAGGUGUGUGUGCUGCCAACCAUGUCAGGGAGACACCAAGAUCUGAAGUACGUCAACCCAGAAACAGUGGCUGCCUUACUGGCAGGAAAGUUCCAGGAUCUGAUUGAGAAGUUUUUCAUCAUUGAUUGCCGCUAUCCAUAUGAGUACCUGGGAGGACACAUUCAGGGAGCCUUAAACUUGUACAGCCAGGAAGAACUGUAUAACUUCUUUCUGAAGAAGCCCAUUGCCCCUUUGGACAUUCAGAAAAGAAUAAUCAUCAUGUUCUACUGUGAAUUCUCCUCCGAGAGGGGUCCCCGAAUGUGCCGCUCCCUGAGAGAAGAGGACAGGGCUCUGAACCAGUAUCCUGCACUGUACUACCCAGAACUGUAUGUCCUCAAAGGGGGCUACAGAGACUUCUUUCCAGAAUAUUUGGAGCUGUGUGAACCCCAGAGCUAUUGCCCUAUGCAUCACCAGGACCAUAAGGCGGAACUGUUGAGGUGUAGAAGCCAGAGCAAAGCUUGGGAAGGGGAGCGGCAGCUGCAGGAGCAGAUUGCCUUACUGGGGAAGGAUGUGAGCCCAUGAUGACGUAUCAGCCACCAGCUGCCUAGGAGUCGCCAGGAGACACCAGAAAGCCCGGGCAGAAAGAGACUGUCUUCUCUGCAGCUACGCCCAAGGUUGUCACAAGAUGUGAGCAACCAGCAGGCAGCCAAACUAAUGAAAUGCCUAAGGAUUAGUUGGGUUUCAGAAGAACUGCUGCCUGGGGGCUAAUUCCUGGAGCUGGCUCUGCAAGGCUGAAGCUUCAGGAAGUGGUUGCAUUCUCUUGCCAAUUACUUGUGUCAUCUCACAAGCCAGCCAGCAAUUUUUCUACCUGGGCUCUGGCUAUGCAAGCGUUGUCCACCUUCUUUCUCUGUAUUUUUCUUGUUUUCCCAUCUCUCUUUUUCCAAAUGGGAGAAUAAACAUUGCAGAAUUAGAGAUGUGAUUGUGAGCCCCGUCUCCUCCUAGAAAAUCUGUGCAAGGAUGUGAUAACCAGAUUAGACUCCUUCAGACAAAAGAUGUGACCAUCUCCAUUCAUAGCUGAGGCCAAGCUUCUCUGUAGACUAGCGGUUCUCAAAGUUUGGACCAUCAGCAUCAUCUAAACUUAU